UGCAUCUUGUCACUCUCACGAGAAUAUCCACAGUGAGAGUGAGAGUGAGGCUCCUCCUUUGAGCGUUUGAUUUCACAUCUUCGAGCAACUUCUUUUUUUCUUAAGAAAUCGGAGACUGUGUUGAAGAGAGAGACCGGAGUAGUAAUAAUGGGUUCUUUGCCGGAGAAGUUGAGAAUAGAGAUGCGACAAGUGGGAGAGAAGGGAAGAGAAAGCAGCUGCUGCUGCUCAGAUUUUCUGAUUUCGGAAGCGACCAGACAAGAGGAGGAGCAAAGCCCUAGCAGUACGAAGGAUUUCACGCAUUCCUCGGUGUCGUCUCGUUGGUCGGUGAAGAAUGUCGACGGAGAUAAGAAGAAGAUUCUCCCCGACUCUUUGGAACCAUCGACAGUCUCAGAGAUUGAGAUGAUGAAGGAAAGGUUUUCGAAGCUAUUACUUGGAGAGGAUAUGUCUGGUUCUGGCAAUGGUGUCUGCACUGCUUUAGCCAUCUCUUACGCCAUCACUAAUUAGCUUAGAUUAUUUGUUUUCUGUUAUUUCUCAGUCUCAAAACGAAUCUAAUUUAGUGUUUUGUAGAUUGAAUAGCUUUGCUGGGAUAUCUUAAUAAUGGCGAGAAGGCAAGCAGGUUCAAUACGGCGUGUAGGAGAUGGUGGAAGCUUCCUUUCGCUGGAGCUUCCCACUCCAAGUCUCGUUCUUCUCCUCUUUUAUCUAUUUGCCUUGUUCUUCUGUUAUAUGCUUCCUUUCUUCCUUAUUCCUCUUUAUGGAUCUUGUUUCAGUUUGUUAAUAAUCAAAUUGUUCUUCAUCUUUGUUGAUUUCCAGGGGGCUUCCCUACUCAUUUAGCACAAUCACUACACCAGUGUUCUUCAGCCAACAUCUGCAAAAAAGAUUCCAAUUAAACACAUAUAUAUUUUGUGAGCUAUCACUUAGAAAAGAGAGAACCGGAUACAUUGAAGCAGAAAACCAUGCUACAAAGAGUUUUGUAUCAUCAGACCUGAUUAAUAAAAGGCUCCAUUCAUUGCAGAGGCUGAUAUCCCUGAAGAAAAAGAACCAGUUUCAGAGAAAGGGAAUCUAGUGGUUCUUGCCAGGAAACAUGAAAAGAGCAUUGUAAGAUAUGGAUCCUUGCGAA